UUCCACAUGUGCAUUGUAGGCUGUUUCGAUUCCAUUAAACGUGUGCAGUGUACGUGCACGGUAACGACCCUCUCAGACCAUUAAGAGCAAGCUUGUUCAUUCACGAGUUGGCAGUUAGUGGGUUAGCUAGCUAGCAGCUAAUGCUACUUGUCCACACAGUGUUAACAUAAGACACUUAUUGUUUACUACUUCAGCGUUUGGUCAAACCGGAACCAUUACUUCAUGCUACCUUGAGCACAGUCAAGAUGAGUUUGAGAAAGCAAACCCCGAGCGACUUUCUGAAGCAGAUAAUUGGGAGACCUGUGGUCGUCAAACUGAACUCAGGUGUCGAUUACAGAGGUGUCCUGGCCUGCCUGGAUGGUUACAUGAACAUUGCCAUAGAGCAGACUGAGGAAUAUGUCAAUGGGCAGCUCAAGAAUAAGUACGGAGAUGCUUUUCUCAGAGGAAACAACGUCCUGUACAUCAGCACCCAGAAGAGGAAAGUGUAACGAAGAUCAUUCCAUCGUUUCAUUUUUAUUUUCCAGUGUUUGUUAUGUCAGUGGAUAACUGCCAGAUUUUAUUUUGGUUCUGUAAACUCUGAAGUCCUGAAGAAUGCUUGUUUUUGUAAAAGUGGAAUAAGUUAAUAAAUGCUGAGUUUUGAUUGAAUUCUGA